CAUGUCGCUAGCAUGGCAUCGGUUUUGUCCACAGCCACAAACCACCUCAUCUCCCAUCAUCCAGACUAAAGAAACCACGAUCGGCAGCAGCAAAUAGCCGAGCUGAUCGCUCAAAUUCAACCAACAAAAGUGGUAUCCGAAGCCGGGGUGGAUAAGAGGGCAAUCGGACGCCAAGAGCCGGAGAGGGUUCCAAGAUUUCUGAAGCCAAUCCAGGAGCUGGACAUUCUUGGGACGGACCGGCCAUGGCGCCGCCGGAGGACGAAGGGGAGGUCCCGGCGGCCGCGCUGCGCGUGCCGGCGCACGUGAUCGCGCGGGUCUUCUCGCAGCUGGACUGCGUCGACCUCCUCAGCUGCUCCCUCGUCUGCAGGCAAUGGUUCAGUGACUCUGCGGAGCUACGGGAUGAGUGGAGAAAGGAGUACCUGGAGGCCUGGAACCUGCAGGGUCUCAACUUCAAGUCAUGGCCGCAGUCGCUGUGCCCGACUUGCUCCAUCAGAAGCCUGCAAACCUGGUGCCCUUGAACUUGCUGGCUUCCUUUCAUGCGCUCAGCAGACAGAGCAGAGCAGCGGAGUUACAUUGUAGAUGAGCAUUGUCACAUGCAUACUGAAUAGCAGCAACGUCAUUGCUACCUGCAAAGACUAAUACAUGAUGCAAGUACAUGUCCAAUAAACAGUAUACUCAUACAUGACGAGUGAGCACGGUUGUGCACUUGUACAGUUAUAUGCAUUGCAUUGAGUUGGUGUCAACACUGGGUGCUCCACACCUUAUGAUGCUAGUAAAUAUUUCUGUUCAGAUAAAUGAAUUGCAGCCUAACUUGGACAAUCA